AUCUGAGUUUCCCUUUGCUUUUGUCCUGCAGUCCCACCCGCUGUCCCUGUGCAACACCAGCGAGGAUGAACACACCGAAUCGGGAUUCAUCACCAUUGUCAAGCUCGAACAGCCAGAUCGGGAUCCCAACCCCUGCCUGUCGCUGGCUAACAAGGCAAAGCUGGCGGGGGAGCGUGGAGCCCGUGCGAUCCUUUUCGACAUUACCGAUGAUGAAAGCGCUGCUGAUCAGCUGAGAAAGCCCAGAGGUCUGAGUCAACCCGUGGUCCUGAUCAGGGGCCACGAUGCUGAGCUUCUCAUGGGCGUCGUGAACAAGAACAGAGAGGCCCACGUGAAGAUAGAGGUCAAGGAGCCACCAGCUUGGCCAGACUACGACGUGUGGAUUCUUCUCACAGUGGUCAGCACUGUGGUCGUCAUCAUUUUGAUUUUUGUUGUCCGCACAAAGUGCCAGCUGAACAGGACUCAGGACUCCUUGCAGCAGCAGACCAUGCAGGCCAUCAGGCAGCUGGCCACCCGCAAGUACCAGGCCAGGUGCCGGCAGGCGUCGCGGUGGGACUCGGCCAGCAGCUGCAGCUCAGCCCCGGUCUGUGCGAUUUGCCUGGAGGAGUUCAGCGAGGGCCAGGAACUGCGGAUCAUCUCGUGCUCCCAUGAGUUUCACCGGGAGUGUGUUGACCCUUGGCUGCAGCAACACCACACGUGUCCGCUUUGCAUGUUCAAUAUUCUUGCCAGAGACUCGGACCAGGCCACAGCCGCUGGCUCCAGGCUGACCCCUCGGGACAUGGAGCCCGGACGGCGACUCCACCUUUUCCGCCAGCACCCGGGGCAUGCCCUUUACCACCUCCCACACCCGUAUCCUCAGAGGAACCUCAGGAGCGUUCCCCCAGAGCCAGCCCAUGGCAACCCCUUCUUCCGCUCUCCGGAGCUCUCCCAGCUGGAUUUUGGCACGAUCCACUACAUGCCCUACAGGCCAGCCACCUCCCUGCUCGCCUGCGGCCACCCGUCCCCCCUGGCGCCGG